UAAGUUACCGCCAACUCAGAAAUGUCACUAAAAAAACCUCUGUGAACUCGAGCGAGAGGCUAUGUUCUAGAUACCCGAAGCGCUAUUUAUCAAUAAAGUAUACGCAAAGAUUGUCUGAAAAGUGGUGAAAAGGAAGAAAUAAAGUGGCGAUGUCUGUGGGUUUUGGUCAACGGGGGGGUAAUCGACCUCCGCCGAACCCAGCUCAAGUGCAGAAAAUGUUGGAUGAAAAUGGACAUUUGAUUCAAACAAUUCAAGAAUAUCAAAGCAAAGGAAAAGCUCCGGAAGUUCUCCAAUAUCAACAGGCUCUACACCGAAAUUUGACUUAUUUGGCGACUAUAGCAGACUCGGCACAAAAUGUGCAUUCUUUCCUACCAAUGUUGCAAACGCAGGCACCCCCACCAACGCAUGGUCAACCGCCCAACAUUGAUCAGCAACACAUGAAUAAUUUUAACCAUCAACAACAACCGGGCUAUAGACAGCCUCCCGGACCACAACGACCUGGCGUUCCCGCUAACCCCUACCCCCAACGAGGUUACCAACAGAACCAAUACCCCGCCCCUGGCCAAUACCCCCCUCAAGGUAACGCCUACCCCCACCAAAACCAAUAUCCCGCAAAUCAACCUCCCGUGUAUCCCCCCUCAAACGCUCAAGCAAACUACGGACAACCACCAUCGACAACAGCGCACAACAGCUACCAACAGCCAGGAUACGGCACGCCUCCCCCGGGCGGAGCCCCGCCCCAGCCGGGCGCCGGCCCCUACCCUCCUCCGACGGGGCCGCCCCAAUCUCAACCCGGCUCGUACCCUAACGGCGGUCCGUACCCCAAUUCCACGGCCCCUCAGAACUACCCGCAAGGGUAUCCGCCCCAGCCGGGCUACGCUCCUCCCCCUCCAUCCAGCCAACCGCAAACUUCCCCGGCGUCAUAUCCUAACCAACCAAGCACAUCUCCCCAGAACUACGGACCUAAUAAUACUCAGUCUCCGCCUUUUUCAGCCCCUCCCAAUAGUAACCAGAGCCCGGCAGUCACUUCCACAACUUCUCCCACCACCUCCCAACCGUACCAACCUCCUUACCCACCUAACUCGCAACCGUCAAAUCCCACUGGGGGGUAUACUCCUAAUACACCUCAAGGGUAUCCUCCGGCAGGCCCUCCCAGUAAUUAUGGGUAUGCUCCGCAACCUGGGUAUCCUCCACAGCCGCAGUAUGGAGGACAGCCUCAGGCGUAUCAGUAUCCGAGACCUCCCGCAGGACAAGCGCCGCCUCCGCAGGGACAGUAUGGGUACAAUUACGCCCCACAGCCAAAUCCUCAGUAGAAGUAUUUUGUAAAAUAUUUUCCGAAUUUUUUAGGACAGUAAUUUUAUUAAUGUACUUACGUACAUUUAAAUGAGUUUUGAAGAAUUAACUGAUUUGCUGUAAACUGUAUUCAUCUUUUUUCUUGUUUUUUCAAGGAUCUAGUGUGAUAUGUUAGUGUUUUUUGUAUGACCCUGAAUUAUAAUAAAUUUGAAACGAUA